AUCAUUACAAUAGUGGACAUUAUUUUCUCUUCCAGGGAUCCUUUUGUUCUUCAUCAGAUAUUCCUUUGAGGCUAGCUCCAGAAACAUCAGAAGAGCCAAGAUGCGUUUUGCAUUGAUCGUCGCCACUUUGGUUGCCGGCGCCUUGGCAGGGCCAUUUGAGGCACUCGACCACGACUCCGUCUCCUUACCCGACGUCACAUUUCAUGUACCCGGACACCCCGCAAGUGAGGUCAAGUUAACCCAUGGAAAAGUAGAGGGACUAAGCAAGGUCCUCAGGCCCGGUCGUGAUUGCUACGGACGUUACACGUGUGAUGUCUUGGUCAGCGGUCUACACGUCACCUACAAGGCUGUAGCUACUGCGCCAGAGCGAGAGUUCGACGUUGUAGUGGACGUUCUUCACGGCCUGUUCCAUCUGGACAGCAGAAAGACAGCAGGUGCGUGUUUUCCAGGAGGCAAGUACGAAGCAAAGAACGUCCGUGUCCGGGCUCUACACCAAUAUGUCAGGAAACCAGUGAAGUUCGGCACUGACCGGAAGCAGACUGCACUGUUCGACGACACGCUCAAGAAGAAAUUGCUGGAACUAUUGAAGCAGGUCGCGCGGACAGAACUAUUCAGUGGUGUGCUGAAUGAAGUUUUAGACGUUGAUACAAGCAAGCGAGUCGCACCGGGACCGUCUGAAGUAAGAGGAGUGCCAUUCAAAGCAGUCUUCGAGGACUACGUCGCUUUUCCCGAUUUCGAAAUUUCUGUGUCUGGAGCUCCCACGAGGAACGUGACAUUCACCAAGGGAAGAGCAGGACCUCUGAGUGUGCUUCUCAAGUCUACCCGUGGUUCUCAUGGGGCCUAUAACAGCGUUCUAUCACUCAGGAACCUGCGUGUCAUCUACGAGGCUGUAGCCACAGAGCCAAAAGAACAGUUUCAACUGGUAGUGGAUGUAGUACGGGGCUUGGUGAAAGUACAACGCACAAAAACCGCAGGUGGGAAAUUUGAACUUAAGGACGUCACUUUCGAAGAUCUGAACGUGUCCGUCGAAAAGCCAGCUGAGUUCAGCAGCGAUGGAGAACAGAACACUCUGUUUGAAGAGGAGGUGGAGAAAACAAUCUUGGGAUUUGUGGAGCUUUUCGUACAGGGAGAAGUGGUGAACGACGCGCUGACGUACCUCGGAGCUGAUAUCCCCCAACUAACCUCGACCACUGUCGGGUCGUUGUCUCCACUUCGUGCAGUCACCACGGGACCCACUGAAGUAAGGAAAGAGCCAUUCAAAGCAGUCUUCGAUGACCACGUGGAUUUUCCCAAUUUCGAAAUUUCUGUACCUGGAAGACCCACGAGGAACGUGAAAUUCUCCAACGGAAGAGCAGGGCCUCUGAGCGCGUUUCUCAAGCCUGCCCGUGGUUCUCAUGGGGCUUAUAAGAGUAUUCUAUCCCUGAAGGACCUUCGUGUCACCUACGAGGCUGUAGCCACCGAGCCCAGGGAAGAGUUUCACGUGGUCGUGGAUGUAAUAAAAGGCGUGGUGGAAGUGGAGCGCACAGAUGCCGAAGGUGGGAAAUUUCAACUGAAGAACGUCAUUGUGAAAGAUGUGGACGUGUACGUUGACAAGCCAGCUAAGUUUAGCAGCGAUGAAAACCAGAACACUUUGUUUGAAGAGAGGCUGAAGAAAAAAAUAUUGCAGUUUCUGGAGGUGUUUGCACAGGGAGAAGUGGUGAACGAUGCAUUCACCGCCCUCGGAGGUCACACCACCCCCGCUGUCUGAAGAACAGACAUCAUAUGCAUACAUGAUCGGGCGUUUUACGUAUCCGAUGUGAAUUUAUCGUUUCUUAUAAGGAUAUUUGUGUUGUUAUCGAAGCUUCCGAAAUAAACACAAUAAUCCUAUA